UCCGAUACAGCGCGUGCGAAAAGGGGGCAGGCAUAUGUGAGCAGCGGUCAUCGGCUAUUGGCUGGCAAAGUGAAUAUCACGUGACGCACAGAGGCACCCCAUCUUUUCAAUAACCGGGGGACCGCUCGAGUUUCCUAAGGCGUGGGUGUUGUUCUACGUUGGAAUUCUGCCGGACCCUGAGCCUCAACUAGAUUCUUGACUUUUGUGUUCGAAAAUUCAAAUACUACUGGGAUUUGAUUAGAGAGAAAAAACCAUGAACCCAUCUAGCAACUUGUCCACUGACUACCGCCCUUAUAGCGGCGGCCGGCCCGCCUGGGCAGUGGCCGAUGGUGCCAGCGAUUCGGGUCGAGAUCUGGAAGACCAGUACGAGAGCGAUCUGGUCGAGCACCGAGCGGAUGUCAUACCCGAACCCGAAAGAACCGGAUGCUGGUACAGCUUCACUAGGGUAAUAAGAAGUCUCUGGGCGACUCGCCAGAUGAAAGGAGAUGCCGAUGAUAAGGAUUGGUAUGUGAAAGUAACCUUACGGGAACUGUUUACUUACAUCGUCUUCUUGGUGCUCUUAUCUAUAAUGACCUUUGGAAUGAUGAGCCCCACAAUGUACUUCCAGACGAAAGUGAUGAGCGAAUUAUUCUUGGAUUCGUCAUUUGCAGAUGGAUCGGGAUCCAUGAGAGAAUCGACGCAAAUGACAGAUUUUUGGAAGUUCGCGAAAGACGUUCUAAUCGAGAAUUUGUAUUGGGACAACUGGUACAACGACCUGGAGACAAACCCCGACGAUCGGAACAUACUAUACGAAAACCGGCUUCUAGGCUCGCCUCGAAUCAGGCAAUUACGGGUCCGGAACGACUCAUGCAAAGUACACUCAGACUUCAAAAAGGCCAUUACGCAGUGCUACGACGUUUACAGCCCACAUAUAGAAGACACCGAACCUUUCGGACUGAUGAACGGAACGGCAUGGGUCUAUCAUACGGAAAAAGAGAUGAACGGGUCUAAUCACUGGGCUCUUCUUGCGACCUACACCGGAGCAGGGUCCUUCCGAGACCUCGGAGUGACCAAGAAGCAAGCCCUUGCCCGCCUGGAAGUGUUGAAACAAAACUUAUGGAUCUCUCGUGCUACAAGAGCCGUCUUCAUCGACUUCACCGUCUACAAUGCCAACUUGAAUCUUUUCUGUGUUGUUAAAUUAGUUUUUGAAUUUCCUGCAACAGGUGGUAUGAUUCCUUCUUGGAGUUUUCGUACCGUGAAGCUGCUUCGCUAUGUUAAUCCCUACGAUUAUUUUAUAAUGGCUUGCGAAGUUUGCAUUAUAUUUUUCAUCCUUUAUUACAUCGUGGAAGAGUCUCUCGAAAUCAAGAAAAAUGGAUGUGUAUAUUUCUCUGAAGUGUGGAACAUAUUAGAUUUGCUUGUCAUUGGAGUUUCUUUGAUUUGCAUCGCUUUCUCCGCUUUCCGGACCAUCGUCGUUGACAACAUGCUGGAAGAGCUUUUAGCUAAACCGGACAUUUUCCCGGAUUUCGAGUUCUUAGGUUUCUGGCAAAUGCAAUACAAUAAUGCCGUUGCUGUGGAUAUUUUCAUUGCAUGGAUUAAAGUCUUUAAAUAUAUUAGUUUCAAUAAGACUAUGACUCAGCUCUCUUCAACACUUUCCAGGUGCUCAAAAGAUAUUGGAGGCUUCGCCGUUAUGUUUUUCAUCGUAUUCUUUGCCUUCGCUCAACUUGGUUACUUGCUGUUCGGAAGCAUUGUGAAAGAGUUCAGCACUUUUGGAACGGCCGUGUUCACCUUACUGCGUCUCAUCCUUGGAGACUUUGACUUCGAAGCCCUGGAGAACGCGAACAGAGUUCUGGGUCCGAUUUAUUUCCUGUGUUAUAUAUUCUUCGUCUUCUUCGUUCUGAUGAACAUGUUCUUGGCUAUCAUAAACGACACCUACGCCGAAGUCAAGGCUGAAAUUGCCGAAUCCAAUAGCGAAUUUGAGAUCGCUGAUUUCUUCAAGAAGGGUUACAACAACAUCCUGGGUAAACUGGGCAAGCGUGACAAGAUCCAAGACAUUCAAAACGCUCUUCGUGUUGCUGAUUUCGAUGGAGACAAGAAACUGUCCUACCAAGAAGUGAGGCAACAACUGAAGGCACGGAAUCUCUCGGAGAUGGAAAUCGAGAUGCUGUUCGCCAAGUACGACGUGGACGGCAACCGGGAGCUGGAUGAGAAGGAAAUGCAGCAGAUGUUUGCUGACCUGGAGGGCCAGAAACUGCAGUUGGACGACGAGAUAAACAAUCAACAGAGCAUGAUAGCGUCUGACGCUUCAAGACCACCCACCGCCGCUGCUUUUGGACGAGGAAACGGAUCAGGCGUUCCAGCGGACGAAUUCAAUGUACUCACUCGCCGUGUGGAUCGCAUGGAGCAUUCUAUUGGAAGCAUAGUAUCAAAGAUCGACGCCGUCCUGGUUAAGAUGGAAGGUAUGGAAAAGGCCAAAGUAAAGAGGCGAGAGAACAUGAACAAGAUCCUCAACUCCAUUUCCGAGAGUGAGAAUUUGGAUGAAAAAGCCAAACGUCAGCAGAUGGAACAGUUAGUGAGGGAAGAACUUCAACGCUGGGACUCUGAUCAGUCACUCAACAUGCGUCGAUAAAAAUCAUUCUUCUGAAAUGUUUACAUUUUAAGAGCACCAGUCUCAGCACGUAAUUGCAAAUUCGUCCAUAUGCACGAAUCAAUAAUUUUGUGGAGUUACUGGUGAAAACAGGCAGCACGGCACUCACUGUGCACAUUCUUUAUGGCGUUUUGAAAGUCAUCACCAAGUGGCCACUUCGAACAAAGGAAACGAAUGUCGAAUGACAUUCGGCACUUAGACUGUUGAUUUUCAGACACUUUAUAAUUUGUUGAAAUUGUUAGAAUUGUAGGUGGUAUUCUUAACGUAUUGUGAGCCGGUGCUGCUAUGUACAAAUGGAUACUGCAAAAAUAAGUUUUAUCGGAAAAUGUAGCAAAUGUUUAUAUUUUAUGAAAAAAUUGUUGAUGAAAUAUAUUGUUGAAAUAUAACUAGAAUUCAAAUAUUAGCAUUUAAGGAGAAAAAAAAAAAAAAAAAAAGGAAAGAAAGAAUAUAAAAACAUUGUUUAUUUCAAAUAACGGAUAGAAGAUGAAAAAUGUUGUUAUGACUUUUACCCUAAUAUUUCCUUUUCGCAAUAUCGCAAACGAUCCUAUCAAUAAACACCAAACGAGAUUUUAACUUGCAGUCUAAACGAUACACAUGGAUAAAACUUUAUUUUAUCCAACCGGCUGACAAUGUGUUAACGUGAAAAAUACGUAUUUUAAUGUUAAAUAUUAAAUAUUUCGUUCAAAAAUGCGUAAUUUUCAUCGUUCUUUACUGACAUUAUGGAAAUUUGAAAAUGUGAUAUGUAGAUUAGGAAUAUUUUAGAUCUUGCUCUUUCGUGCAAUAAAUAAACAUAUCGGAGAGUAGCACUAUGCUUCGUAAAAUUAAUAUUUUCUUUAGAAUAGUUAUUAUUUAUUAAUCUGCAUGUAAUGUCUUUUCCAUGUAUCAACAUAAACACAGGUGAAAAAGCUUGCUGAGCAUUAAAUAUUUAUGCAAGAAAAAAAAAAAUCAAAAAUUUUCUCAGAAUCUAAUUUAUUUGUUAUUUCAGAGUUUUUCUUUCAAUUAAAUAUAUUAUUAAGAAGGAAGAAUGCUUGUAAAAAUUGUUCCUAAAGAAAAAAAAAAUUGUUCUAGAAAUUUUUAGAUUGCAUUAAAUGUAGGGUAUUUUUUAUAAACAUUUUAUCAUAGAAAAAUCAUUUUCUUUUGUAUAUAUAUUGAUACCUGAAUACAAUAAUGUAAUUAUGAUUUUAUGAAUGGUAAUUUUUUUUAUCAGGAAUUUACUCCUAAGAAUCAAAAACUUAUAGUCACAUGAUACUGGUAUUAAAACUUUAAUCUGUAAUAAAAAAAAAUAAUGCAUUCUAUUUUUGUUUGCUGAUGUAGAAUUUAUAAAGGAAUAAAAAUUGGGAAGAAUUUUUUUAGUGCAAUAAUACAUUUCAAAUUCUGAAAAUGAAUUUAAUAGCAUAAAUGUGAAUUUACACCAGCACAAUUUAUUAAGAAAUGCAUUUUAUUGGAAAGUAAAAUUUAGACCUUAUGUACCUGCUGUAAAUCUAUCAGCUGAUAAUAUGAUGUUGUGGAAUUCUUAAAUUUACUGCACGAAAUAAAUGGAUGUCUAAAAAUUGUAUAUAGUGUACAGUUAACUUAUGCACUUUUAGAAUGUCCAAAUAAAUUAUCUGUGUAAAAUUU